CGCUCAUAUACUGCGUUCUCUCUCCUUUACUAUGCAGUGGCUACGAUGCUUCCUUCUCCUCAUCUCGUCUUCUCUAGUUAUUCUCUUCUUCAUCAACAUCUACCUGUCUAUAUCAGAAACAAGCCUGUGACUUUUACAUAUGCAGUUGCAUCAGCCGUUUAUAAACGUACCUUAAUCUCUAUCAAUAAUAGCAUCGUAAAUAAGGUCGUUUAAAGAAGUUGGUGCAUGGAUAUCCUCUAAUUUUUCAUGUGGUAUCAAAUCAAUACCAUCAACGCCACAUGUUUCCUCAUGAGUAUCCAAAAUCCCAGCACCAAGCUCAUCAGAUAGAAGCCUUUCAGCUUAUUCUCCUACACUAAAAUUUUUAAGGAAUUGCAUAAUAUCAAUUUUGACAGGAUGUGGUUCUAGAGCUUCUUCUGUAGAGCUCGCCAAAUACCCCGGGUAACCUAUGUACCGGAUAUCUUUGACGGAACUACAAUUCGAUAAAGUAAUAAUUCGAUAUAGUGAUGGGGUUUGGGUCUUACCGGGCAUACCACUAUAACGAGCGGUCACU